AUGGACUCGGCCCGUCACAGCCGGCUAAGGAAGCUGAACUGGGAGCAGAUCCCCAAGGAGAAAGUGGAGGGGAGGAAGAGUGUCUGGAGUGGAGCGGCUACGGAGGAGGAAGAGUUCCCUAUAGACCUCCACUCUCUGGAUGAGCUGUUUAGACAGAAGGACAGUAAACCACAGGACAGACCCGGGAGUUUGAGACGGAGGUCUGUGCUGAUGCGAUGCAGUUCACCCCAGGACAACACCACGGAUAAGGUCUCACUACUGGACUCCAAACGUAGUAUGAAUUUUAAGGAUAUCCGGCAGGGGGUCGGGACCCGCUACGGGCCCGAGAAACUGUCUGAGCUCUGCAAACUGCUGCCUGACGCCGACGAGGAGGCUCGCCUGAAGAGGUUCACGGAAGAACGCAGUGGGCUUGGGGAGUCUGACCUCUUCAUGAUUCUGCUAGUGGACGUCCCCAGCUUUCGUCUGCGUCUGGACGCCAUGAUCCUGCAGGAGGAGUUUGACCCUGCUGUGACCUCUCUCUGUCUGGCAGCCAGAUGUCUGAGGGAGGCGGCCAGAGAGCUGUUGAGCUGUCCUGAGCUGCACUCCAUCCUCCGUCUGGUUCUGAAGGCAGGAAACUACAUGAACGCUGGUGGGUACGCAGGCAACGCAGCGGGGUUCCGAAUCCCUUCCCUGCUCAAACUGGCCGACACUAAAGCCAACAAGCCAGGCAUGAACCUCCUGCACUUCGUGGCCAUGGAAGCGGUGAAAAAGGACCAAAGUUUACUGUCGUUUCCUGGCCAACUAGGACAUGUCGGCCCCGCCUCCAGGUUGUGUGAGGAGUUGGUAGUAGAGGAUCUAUCCAGGCUCCACAGUCGUCUGGUAUCUCUCAGGAUCAGUGUCCAGACGGAGGCAGAGAUCCAGCAGCUCACACGGUCUUUCCUGGAGGUGGCAGAGGAGCGUCUGAAGGAAGCAGAGGAUGAGGUGGAGGGGAUGAGGAUGUCCAGUCAGGCUCUGGUUGAAUUCUUCUGUGAGGAUGACAGCAUCUUUAAACUGGAGGAGGCCUGCAGGGUCUUCCACUCCUUCUGCCUUCGCUUCCAAAGAGCCGUACAGGAAAACGCAGAGCGGGAACAGAAGGAGCAGAAGCGGAUGGAGCGUGAGAUGGUGGAGAAGCGUCGUUCUGUGGCCGUGUGUACAGGGCUGGACCUGGGUGUGGUUCUGGGUCGGGUGUCCCCACUGGGAACCCAGAAGAACCAGGAUGACCUGGAGAGAACCCUUGAGAACCUGAGCCACACCUGGAGCCAGCGCAGCCUUAGAAGCCAGGAGAACCGCAGGCACUCCCACCACCUCCAGAACUACAACUCUCAUCUCCUCCAGAACACCACCUCCGCUCCUCUUCAGACAAAUCCCCACCUCAACAACUCCUCCAACCUCCGUAAUACCUCCAUCCACCCCCAGACCUCCCCAGGGCUUCCCUGCCCCACCUACCCCAGCCAGGAGAGGCUGUCCCUGGGGACAGAGACCAGGACAGAGCCCCUGGUCCGUCAGCACCAACCAGUCCUGGAGACUAAGAGACCAAAUCAUGAGGGGACAACUCCGACUCAAGUCUCACAAACUCAACAUGAACUGACUUCUAAUGUCACUCAAACCCAGUGUGGACGUAGAUUCAAUGUCCCCCAAAACAGGCAGGACAUUAUUGCAUAUGUCACCCAAACCCAACAUGGAAUUGCUACUAACAUCAUUGAAAGCCGACUCGCACCAACGGCUCAAGUGACUGAAACUCACCAUGAACGGACAGUUGAUGCCAGCCCUGACCAGUAUGUACUGACCACUAAGUCUAUGGCCAGUCCUCAUAGACACUCCUCCACUACCACUACUGCCAUCCCCAGUGUUAGAAGAAAUACCAUUGGUCUUAGACACAGGUAUGACCUAGAGAGGACUGACCCUACCCCUGUUUCUCAGGCGAAACACACAGACACCUCAGUCAGAGACGCAGCGCAUCAGGACCCUGACCUCGCUCCUCUCACCGGGUCAACGGUCACUGAGGUGACUGAGCAGCCCUUUGAGAGCCAAUCAAAAUCAUCCAUGGCCACUGACGCCCCAGACGGUGUCCAAUUGCAGGAGUCUAAGGGAGCCAAGGAGACCACACAAGGAAGUGGUGGUGCCUUGGAGCUGAGGCUUUCACCUGAGGGGGGAACAACCCAGCAGAGGGAAACAGAAUCUCGCUCUACACCAGUGGAACAGAGAUGGCUGCCUCCCAGCCUACCAGAGCUGAGCCCACAGCGGGCACAUCAAUGCCCAGAGGUCUGCAGCCCUGACAGGGAGAGGGACCGGUCAUACCCACGUGUGGGCGAAACCCUGGAGUGCCACACCCUGGUCCGAGGCCUGCGUUCCUAUGACAACCUAUCCCCUCCUCCCACCACACCCCUCCCCAAAGCCCCACCCAGCCUCUGCUCCAAGUGGAGGAAAGAGAGGCAGGCGGAGACUCCAGGGGCUGGUGCCGGACUUCCAAUGGGGAAAGAGGACUCUCGGAGCGGGGGGAACACCCCUGUUGUCCGAGGAGGGGCUAAGAGGGGCUUGGUACCCCGUGCACGUCUGCCUAACGAUACAGGCAUCCAUAGAGCCCGUUUAAUUUCCAAACCAGAGACACAGACACCCACUGGCCCUGUCCCAAAUCCUAAUUUACAGACUACACCACGUUCCACUCGUCUGGCGUCCCCGUCCAUACGCAGCGCCUCCAUACGCUCCUCCCCCAUCACACGUCCUACUACUACCCAGACAGAGGUGAAGCGGAGCAGUAGCACCAGGAGUGAGCGGAGCCAGGCUGGGGGUGAGAACCAGCAGCUGGUCCCAGGGAAAUCCACCUUGACCCGCCGGGUAUCAGAGAGAGCUGGGCUGGGGCUUGGACCAGAGAGGGAGAGGACUUCUAGCACCAGCACCACUAGUAGUACAGCUACUACCCAGCCAGCCUUUGUCAGGGGCUCCCCUCUCAGGGUGACCAAACGUCUUGCCCCCACCUCCAACUCUGAGACCCAACACUCCUCUCAGCCCCGCUCCACACACAGCCCCUCUGCUACAGCUAAAACCAUUCGUACAGCUAUUAUAGCUGCGGCCAGGACUAAAACGGCCAAGACGAGCCCCGGCACAGAGCCCUCUAGAGCUGCUGUUUCUGCCUGCAAAACCCCCACAGCAACACGGAUACCUGGGCCUAAAAUGGACCGUCCUGCAUCCUCACCCAUGUGGAAGUGAUCAUGGCAGAUCAUACCACUUUUUCAACUUUAUACAGUAGUCUUACUUACACACAUACACGUACCUAUGUGUGUUUGUGUCCAUUGUACAUGUAUGUGGGAAUCAAUAAAUGACUUGGUGAAUUGUAUCAGACCUCUCUGUUCUGGCGGAGUAGGUAGUUACUGGUCCAUUCAGACUCUAUUCAGCUUGUCCAGAAUCGAUGGGGUGUUUUCCCUUUGGUCUCUCCCAUACACGUUCUUGUCUGCUGGGAAGAUAACAAAGGACUGCAACUCCAACAAAAUGCCUGCCACUACACCACUCUACAGCGGUUCUAUUUUGCAUAUGGGCUGUACUGUCACUGUAGAUAGAAAUGUCUUCUGUUCUACACACUCCUCCAUCCACUAGUGUCCUGUGCAGUCACCAGGGCACUUCAGGGAGAGACUACCCCCCCCCCCCCCCCACACACACACACACACACACACCUAACCUGGACUUUGUCAAGCUCCUGAAAUGUGUUUCUCUGACCUUGUUCAUUUGUAGAAAAUCCUUAAUUUAGAAUUAUGUGGCACUGCGGCCUCCUCUGUGCCUUGGUCGUCCAACAGAUCAUUCUCAUCAACUAGUUUUUUUAGGGUGUAUGUUGAAAAUGGCAUUUUUUUUUCAAGGGGUUAAUUUAUUUAACUUUAGUUGUGUCCUAAAUGGCGCCCUAUUCCCUAUACAUUGAGUAUACCAAAUAUCCUAAUAUUAAGUUGCACCACCUCCCUUUUUACCCUCAGAACAGCCUCAAUUUGUCAGGGCAUAGUGCACUACUUUUGACAGGAGCCAAUAGCGCUCUGGUCAAAGGUAGUGCACCAUGUAGGGAAUAGGAAGCCAUUGGGGACCACCAUACUUGAUCAGUCCAGCUCCUCUGUGGAUUGUCAUUUCUGAGUCUUCAAUGAUUUGAGUGUGUAGUCUGAGAAGUGUAUUUCGAACUGAUUUAGAUGCAUGGACCAGACUCAGACUGUGACCCUUCUUUCUCUUUCGUUGCUUUCUCACCUCGGCCUAUUUGUUUGCCCAAUCAGCAAUCAAUCAGUAUGAUAUUGAAUUGAUUAUUGGUAAUUGAUCGAUUUUGUUGGUAGUCUUGAAUGUGCUCUUCAUUCUGAUGCACUUUAACAAGUGAAGAGGAGACCUGUUGCUAGGAUACUCACUGUAAUAUUCUACUGCUGAUGUUUAUAUCAAAAAAAGAGAUGUUAACUUAAAUUGAACGACAUGAAUUGUGAUCCAUGGCGACAAUGAGUGCAUUUGUAAAAAAUAAAGAUGCUAAUCACUCCGGG